AACACACACACACACGCGCACGCACGCGAGCGCGCACGCACCUUCAAGCGUCUCGAGCCCGUGCAGUGGCUUUGUGACGAGCAGUCCCAGUCCAAUGCGAUGGUAUUUGUCAUAUGCAUCCGGGCUGUCAGGCUUAUCUGCUUACAAAAUGAGUCAAAAGCUAGUUUGGGUGGUUGAAACCGAGCUGGUUUAAAUGUCAGUGGCGCUCUCAGUUUAUGCCACAUUCCUGGAUCCUUCACCAGAACACAAGCUUUGGUUCAGGACUCGGGAGUUUCGACGGGCUGCUUUUGUUGAGGCAGGGCUUGGAAGAGCACAGGAAUUUUUGGAAUAUCAAAAAGCGGCUGGUGGAAAACUGCCGGAAACACACAAGUCCAAGUCAUCUGGGAUUGGUAUCGUUCACAUGAUGGAUGUGAUUUCACCGUGCACACAGAAAUGACACGGUCUGUCAUCCUGGAUUAACACGGACUCCGAGGUGGGAUUGUUAUACACGAAUGAACGUGGCAUUUGGGCAAACUCCUUUUGGCAGGAUGUUGACACCAUGAAGGAUUGGGAAUACUGACCAUAAUAUCACCAGAAAGAUUUCUGCCUACAUGCUCACAGCUUGCGGUGCAGAAUGGCAUCGACCGAGAGACUGUAUGAGGUUUGGAUGCUAUACUGCAAUAAGAAGGACCCAGACUACCUGAAACUCUGGUUGGAGAUCUUCAUCAACUCCUACGAGAGAUGCCUGGAUGUGGAUUUCGAGAAACCACCAACCAGGUUGGAAGAGACGCCACCCGUCAUGACGCUGUUACCUGAUAACAUCCUGCAGGUGUUGCGUCUGCAGCUGCUGCAGUGUGUGCAGAAAGCAUCUGAGGGACUGGAGCCCGAGCAGCAGACGUUAGCCCUCCUGCUCCUCAAGUUCCUCAUCGUCAUCUGCAGGAACCUGUCAAAUGUGGAAGAGAUCGGCGCCUGUUCCUACAUAAACCACAUCAUCACCAUGACAACACUUUACAUCCAACAGUUGAAGAGUAAGACGAAAGAGAAGGAGCUGGCUGAUCAGACACAGGCCGAGGAGUUUGUCCGUCACGCUCUGGCCUUCUGUGAGAGUCUGUAUGAUCCCUAUCACAACUGGAGGCAUGGCAUUCACGGACAGCAGCUCAGUACUGUGGAGAGAAGCAGACAGAAGUUUAAAGCCGCACUGCUCACUGUAGAGUUUGUGCCCUUCUUCUAUCAAUGUUUUCAGGAGAGUGAGCACCUGAAGGACAGUCUUAAAUGUUGCCUUUUGCACCUGUUUGGAGCCAUUGUUGCGGGUGGACAGCGUAACGCCCUGCUGGCCAUCUCUCCGGCCACGAUGGAGGUGCUGCUGGGAGUGUUGGGUGCCGGCGAGUGUCUGAGUGGAGAUGGAGACGGAGAGGACUGGGACAGUGAGGCUCCUGACAGGAAGUCUCUGUUGACUCUGGGCUGUUUGAGAGAGGUAGUUCACCGGCUCCUGGCCAGCAGCUCCGAUCAGAGACAGGUGGAAAUCAGCUCUGUGCUGGAGAGCUACUUCAAACUGCUCAACUCGGACCCUGCCGCCACAGCGCAGGUCAAAGGUCACCCGUCGCCGCCCCGCUCUCGGCACUGGGAGAGCCGCUUCGUGGGGUUACAGGUGAACAUGCUCGAAACCAUUCAGGACAUGUUUGAGUGCAGCGACCGCCCCGUCCUGCAGGCCAUCUUCCUCAACAGUAACUGCUUUGAGCAUCUGACCCGACUCCUGCAGAACAGCAAGCUGGUUAACGCUAGGUGCACAGCCGCAGACAAGGACCAGAAAGAUUUAACCAACAGGUUACUGACAGGAGAGAGUGAGAUUAAGGUGUUCCAAGGGAGGCUUGACUCUCUUGCCGUGGCAACGAUCAAAACUCUCACCACUGUGAUGCACAAGUCGCCUGCUGCAAAGGAAGUGUUUAAGGAGCGGAUUGGCUACACUCACCUGUAUGAGGUGUUGGUGUCACUGGGUCAACCGUCCAGACACCUGCUGAAGGAACUCAUGAACAUGGCUGUUGAGGGUGAGCAUUCGUCCGUGGGUCUCCUGGGCAUCAGUAAUGUGGAGCCUCUCCUGCUCCUGAUCCAGUGGCUUCCAGAGCUGGACUCUGCCGAGCUGCAGAUCUUCACUGCCGACUGGCUCCGGCGCAUCUGCGGUCUGAACCGGCGCACGCGAGCCACCUGUGUCAACUCCUGCAUGACUCUGGUGGUGCUGUCGGCUCUGGAGAGACACGAGCGGCUGCACCGGGCCUGUGCUGAGAGUCUGGUGGGCCUGUUGGGAUCUUUAGGCAGCCAGUCGCUGAGUUCCUCUGAGCUCCAGAAUCUGCUGAGACUCCUGCGUCAGGACGAGCCGGGCGGCGCUCACCCGUAUGUGGGACCGGUACUGCGGGCGCUCCUGGGGAUGCUGCGCAAACAGGGCAUGGAGAGCGCCAUGCAGUACUUUGAUCUGUCACCACCCAUGGCUGGCAUCGCCGUGCCGACCAUCCUCCGCUGGCCAGGCUCCGCCUUCAGCUUCUUUGCUUGGCUCUCAUUGGACCAAGAUCAGCUGGGCCCGCCCAGUAAAGGAGAGAAGAGGAAGCAGCUGUAUAGUUUUUUCACCCCGGGCGGCACCGGGUUCGAGGCCUUCAUCAGUUCAGCCGGAGUGCUUGUGGUUGCGGUGUGCACUAAGAAAGAAUACGUCACCGUCAUGCUGCCUGACUACUGCUUCUGUGAUUCGCUCUGGCACAGUAUUGGUGUGGUUCACGUGCCGGGGAAGAGGCCGUUCGGCCAGAGUCUGGUCUACAUCUUUGUGGAUGGACAGCAGAAACUAUCAGCACCUUUAAAGUACCCGACCAUGACUGAGGCCUUCACGUCGUGCUGUAUCGGUUCAGCGGGUCACCGCACCACGACGCCUCCUCCCUCUCAGAUCCCAGAUCCUCCGUUUUCUGGAGGCAAUUCCUCCGGACGCUCAUCUUUUGGCGCUAUCCUCCCGGGCUGGGGCGGGCUGCUAGGGACCAAACCUGAGUCUGUCACCAAACUGAUUUCGGCGGGGACUCAGGACAGUGAGUGGGGCAGUCCAACCUCACUGCAAGGGCAGCUGGGAAGCGUCAUGGUCUUCCACGAGCCCCUUCAAGCCAGUCACGUCAAAGCCCUCUGUAGCACAGGGCCAAACUGUAUUUCUCCCUUUAAAAGUCAAGAGGCUGAACUCGGAGAUCUGGCGCCCAAACUUCUGCUACACUAUUCUCCAAAGGCAUGUAGGAACCCAAUUUGUCUGGAUUUGUCCCCUAAUAUGCUCCACGGUCGCCUGACAGGAAAUAAAGUGGUCAACUGGGAUAUCAAAGACAUGAUCAACUGUGUUGGAGGGCUUCCUGUGUUGCUCCCAGUCUUGGAACAGUUGACUUUGUUAACCCCUGAUGUAGAUCACGUGGACCCCUCGGGGUCAGAGUUCAUCACCCCUGACUCAGCCACACCCGCUGAUGGAGACUGGGUCAUACUGCCCUCAAACAGAGCGUCAGAGGCCAGAUUGGAGAAGAAUCUGGUGGCGACGUUCUUGCUGGUGAUCAAGCACUUCCUGCAGAGGCAUCCCAUAAACCAGGAAACCCUUCUGCACUCCCACGCUGUGGCCACGCUAGGAGCUCUGCUGCAGAAGCUGCCGGCGUUCCUGGUGGACGUGAGCGUGCUGGUGGCGGUUCAGCUGUUGAUCGAGCAGAUGACGCAUGAGAAGAACUCACAGCUCCUGCAGCAGCUCCACACACACCUGCUCUUCAACUUCAGCAUCUGGAACCAAGGAGAUUUCCCGCUGCGCAUCGGUCACAUCCAGUACAUGUCCACCGUCAUCAAAGACAGCAGGAAGCAGUUCAGGAAGAAAUAUGGAGUGCAGUUCCUGCUGGACACAGUUCGGCUUUAUUAUGGUUCUGGAAGUAAAGAUGCGGAUCUGAGCGAAGACGACAUCAAGACAAUCAGAGCUUCUCUCUGCGGCCUCCUGAAGUAUUACAUCAGCAAGGGAACCACCCAAGAAGAGAUCCAGAGCAUUCUGGGAUACAUCGCUGCCAUUGGAGACGAGGAGCAGCUGUGUGGGAUCCUGGAGCUGCUGCUGACUCUGUUGCAGACCAGCGCGGCGCGGGACCAGCUCUUCCUGCUGCUGUUUGAACCAGGAGCGGUCGACUCCUGCUACGCUCUGCUGCUCAACAACAAACACUCAGACCACCUCCGAGAGCUCGUCUUCAAGCUGUUCGAGCAGAUGCUGAAGUGUGACCGUGUGUAUGAGAAGAGCAAGCAGAGACUGCGCUUGAGGGACGUGGGAUACUCAGGCCUCAGUCUGCUGUUCUCUGACCUGCACCUCACCUCCACCCUCAUCAAGUGCCUCCUUCACCAAGUGCUGUCUACUGAUACUGUUAUAAACUAUAAAGAUCUGAUGGAUGUGGUUCUGCUGACCCAUAAGGCCGGCCCCAGCGUUCGCCUGACUGUAUGCAAGAGGGUGUAUGCACUGCUGCAGUCUCAGCAGGACGCAGCGCUGCAGAUCUCCAGGCAGACGUGUUGGCAGGGCACUUUAAUGAGUCUGUUUGUCCGGAGCCCCGGGAGCGACGGAGGUUCUGGUUCAGGCCGAGGUGACGCCAGCAGCCUGGGGAGUUUGGAGCUUAGUCGCAGCAGCGGAGGAAACCGUCUUGAGCCUCCUCUUGAGCGCAGGUCUCUGGGAGACAGGCUUGAGGAGCGAGACAGCGCCUCAGACAGCAGGUCCAUAGACAGCCUGGACAACGGAGAGCUGAUGUCCCUCUCUGAAACACCAGGGGAUGCACCCACACCCAAAACCUGGGGCGGGAAAACUGGGGUCUUGACUUUGGACCUGUCCCAGCUGCAUCUGUUUGAUCACGGGGACAGCGGCAGUCAGACUCCGGGCAGCAUGCAGAGCACACCGUCUCCUCUGGAGAACACAAAGCCCUUCCCAGGAGCUUCCUCUCUGAACGAUGACAGCUUCCUGUUUAGUGACAAUGUGUCCCUGGGAGAGUCUUUUAACAGUGAGCGUGCGGAGGAGGAGUUGUCCCGUCUGCUGUUGGAGAUGGUGUUGUGUGUCAUGUGGAGAGGGGUGGAGGGGUCAGAUGACGCCGCCUGGCUGGAGAGGGGGCAGGUGUUCUCCGCUCUCACCAAACUGGGCACUGCCAACGAGCUGCUGCUGCCCGUCGACCACAUCAAACUCAGCCUGAUGGAGAGGAUGCUGGAAUUGGCCGUAACGGACAACCGAGAGGCGACGACGGCCACGCUGCCGCAGCACACGGAGAACGCGGUGCGUCUUCUGCAUGUGGUGCAGGACUUCCUGCAGGCCGAGGGGCUGGUGAAUCCCGCUCUGUGGACUGAGAAGGUUCUGGAAGAGAUGGUGACUCUGAUGGACGGGCUGAUGGUGUGGUACGCCUCUGGGACGCAGUGGCUCCAGCUGUCUCAGGUGGGACUACGGCUGCUGUUUGGGUUCAUGGCACAGGAAGACCCACAGGUGUGUGCCAUGGCUACGGCCAAACUGAAUGGCAUCCUGCAGACGAAGACGGUGGACUCUCAGGACGAGGCCUGUUAUCUUCUGGGCCGUGUGGAGGGGAUCCUCAGGCGCUCCGUGAGCGAGGAGCGGACAGGGGAGACCUACUCGUUUUUAGUGCCUCUCCUCCGUACCCUCCUGUCUAAAGUCCACAAGCUCCUGUACAUGGAGCUGCACCUCCCCUCGCUCCCCGACUCCAACGGGAGCCCAUCCUUCUUCGAGGACUUCCAGCUGUACUGCAGCUCUCCGGAGUGGAGGGUCUAUUUGGAUAAAUAUAUUAUACCCUACAUGAAGCAAUAUGAGCUGGAGACGUUCAGUCAGGGUCAUGAGAACAUGGCUCUCUACUGGAAGGACUGUUAUGAGGCGUUCAUGCUCAAACUGCACCGCAGGGAGCGAGAGAGAGGAGAGAGCAAGACACGCUUUCAGGAGCAGUUUGUGGAACCGUUCAGUCGCCGGGGGCGUCAGGAGAACCUGAGGUACAACAGCAUGCUGAAACAGAUCCACACGCAGAACAGCGCCAUCCUCAGGCAGUGGAGAGCGGCGCGCAGAGGACUCUUCUGUGAGAGAGGACCCUGGGUGGACAAGCAGCAGAAGGACGUACACUGGAAGCUCUCUAGCGCUGAGAACUACUCUCGUAUGAGACUCAAACUGGUGCGGAAUUACAACUUUGAUCCCCACAGAGAAGCCAGUGCCUUGAGAGACAACCUAGGUGUGCAGCACCAGCAGGUAAACGCCGAGUCGCUGUUGUUAGAGGCGGUCAAACAGGUGAAGGUCAGUGAUCUGGAGGAUGACAUCCUGGAGCUCCUGGAGGAGGAUCCUGCUUCGGCCAAUCAGGCUGAUUCAGAAGAGGCGGGUCAGAAGGAGAAGCUGGUGAUCUCUGAGGACUGUGAGCUGGUCACGGUGGUGGACGUCUAUCCGGGUCGUCUGGAGCUCACCACACAACACAUAUACUUCUACGACAGCAGCGCAGAGAAAGAGGAAGGUGUAGGUCAGGACUUCAAAUGGCCUCUGUCUCAGAUCAGAGAGAUUCACCUGCGCAGGUACAACCUCCGGCGCUCGGCUCUGGAGAUCUUCCUCAUCGACCAGACCAACUACUUCCUGAACUUCAAGAAGGAGGUGCGUAAUAAAGUGUACAGCCGGAUGCUGCUGCUGCUGCGCUCUCUCUCUCUUCAUGUCACUCACUCGCCGCAGGAGCUGCUGGAAGCCUCUGGACUCACACAGAAAUGGGUGAACAGGGAGAUCUCAAACUUUGACUACCUGAUGCAGUUGAACACUAUAGCAGGACGGACGUAUAAUGAUCUGUCUCAGUAUCCUGUGUUCCCCUGGAUCCUCUCGGAUUAUACGUCUGAGGAGCUGGAUCUGUCCGAUCCGCGGGUGUUCAGAGAUCUCUCCAAACCUGUGGCCGUGCUGAACGAGAGGAACGCCAAAGCCGUCAGAGAGAAAUAUGAGAGUUUUGAAGACCCCACGGGCACCAUAGACCGUUUCCACUACGGCACGCACUACUCGAACGCCGCUGGAGUCAUGCAUUACCUCAUUCGAGUCGAACCCUUCACAUCCCUGCACAUCCAGCUGCAGAGCGGCAGGUUUGACUGUGCCGACCGUCAGUUUCACUCUAUUCCUGCUACCUGGCAAACCCUCAUGGACAAUCCCAACGACGUCAAAGAGCUCAUCCCAGAAUUCUUCUACUUCCCAGAGUUCUUGGAGAACCAGGACGGAUUUGACCUGGGUCGCUUACAGAUCUCUAAAGAGAGGGUAAAUGAUGUCAUCCUGCCUAAAUGGGCCAAAUCCCCCGAGGAUUUCAUCUACAAGCACCGCAAAGCCCUGGAAUCCGAGUAUGUGUCGGCCCACCUGCAUGAAUGGAUCGAUCUGAUCUUCGGCUAUAAACAGAGGGGCCCGGCUGCAGUGGAGGCCCUUAAUGUCUUCUACUACUGCACAUAUGAAGGGGCUGUUGAUCUGGAUGCCAUCACAGAUGAGAAAGAGAGGAAGGCUCUAGAAGGCAUGAUCAGUAAUUUUGGACAGACGCCGUGCCAGUUACUGAAGGAGCCCCAUCCUGUGCGUCUCUCUCUGGAGGAGCUGGAGAAGAGGAGAACCCGUCUGGACUCCGGUCCUCUCAACAUAUUCGAGCACCUCACUGAGCUCAAGUCCUUCUUCAUUGAGGGCAUCAGUGAUAAUGUGCCACUGGUUAAAGCUGUUGUCCCUAAGAACCAAUCCCAUUCUUUCAUCUCACAGGGGAGUCCAGAUACUCUGGUAACUCUGAGCCAGAACUGCUUGAUGGGAACUCACGGCUGGCUGCCCUACGACAAAAACAUAUCCAACUACUUCACCUUCAUCAAAGACCCCACCGUGGCUGGUGUAAAGACUCAGAGGUUUCUAGCUGGGCCGUUCUCUCCAGGGGUUGAAGUCACUGCUCAGCUGUUUGUUGUGUCUCAUGACGGGAAGUUGCUCUUCAGUGGAGGCCACUGGGACAACAGUCUGAGAGUGACGUCUCUCGUCAAGGGCAGAACAGUGGGGCAGCACAUCCGACACAUGGACAUGGUAACGUGCCUGGCCACAGAUCACUUUGGGAUCCACCUGAUCUCUGGCUCUAGAGACACCACCUGUAUGGUGUGGCAGGUGCUUCAGCAGGGAGGAGCUCCAGUCGGUCUGUCCCAUAAGCCAGUGCAGGUGUUGUACGGACACACAGAUGAAGUUGUGAGUGUGUCUAUCAGUACAGAGCUGGACAUGGCAGUUUCUGGAUCACGGGAUGGGACGGUGAUCAUUCACACUGUUCGGCGGGGUCAGUACAUGCGCUCUCUGCGGCCGCCGUGUGAGAGCUCUCUGCCCGUGUCCAUCAUGCACCUGGCUGUGUCCUGGGAGGGACAUCUAGUGGUGCACACCUGUGUCGAGGGCAAAGCCACACUGAAGGAUAAGAACACCUUGCACCUGUACUCUGUGAACGGGAAGCACCUGUGCAGCGCUCCUCUGAAGGAGCAGGUGACAGAUAUGUGUGUUUCGGGAGAGCAUGUGGUCAUUGGCAGCGAGCAGGGGUUCCUGUCUGUCAGAGACCUGUACAGCCUGGCUCUGUGUGUGACCCCGAUGGCGAUGCGGUUGCCCAUCCGCUGUGUGUCUGUGACCAAGGAGCAGUCUCACGUUCUUGUGGGCCUCGAUGACGGCAAGCUGAUCGUGGUGGGCGUCGGGAAACCCGCCGAGGUAAAAAACUCCUUCAGGAACUACAUCACCCAGAGGAUGGAGGGCUCUCCUCUCAUGAACACGCUGCGUGUGCGAUCGCCCGCACGCCUUCUGCAUCUCAGAGACCAGAACACGUUCAGCCCCGACAUCAUCUGAGAGAAAUACAUACAAGUCAUGUUCAGAUGCGUAAAGUUCACACCUUUACCUAGCUAUCUAAGAAAUCCAAAACCAUAUAUCUUCCCCUAAAAAAAACCCUUAUGUAUUUAUUAAUCAUUUAUUUUUUGAAGACAAGCCCACAGUGGUAUUUUCAGAUUCAGCUAACUUCUGAGGACGCUUUUCAUCAAUUUUGUCCCCAAGCUAUCAAUCACUCAAUAAUGUAAACAUAAUAAACCGUACACUCAUGAACAUAGUAAUGACAUAACAAUGCAUUAAAACUGCGUGGCCAAGGAUUUUUAUCUUAAACAUCUGUUAAGUAAUCAGUGGUGAUUGUGUGAAGUGUAAAUGUUUUUAAAUAAGUUUGCUGUUGGUUUUCUCUCAGCAGUUGGAGUUGUAAGCUAACCAAACCAAACCCUCGUGAUACUACUAACACUGCUAGUUAUGAGACGAUACAACGAUAGUAUAAUAAUGAUAGUGAUAACAGAAUAAAAUAAACUCGUAGUGUCACACUCAUUCUAGAAUAAUUGAAAAAGUGAAAUCAUUCGUUUUUUGAUGAUUUUGUUUUAAACAAAAAAAAAAAGUUUUCGAUGUGACUGAAUGCACAGGUAUUCAUGCCAAACACUGAAGCUAUUUUGAGAUAUUCCAAACAGCGCAAAGCGUUCUCAAGGAUCUUUCUUAAUUAUCACUAGCUUGUAUAGCAACAUUUGGGUUUCUACAUUUAGAUGAACCAAUAUAGAAAAUACAGUCUGAAAAACUCUCCAUCUAGCUACGCAAACUCAAUUUUACACAUCAGUGUUUUCCAAAAUGUGAAGUAACUGAUGGUAUUGAUAUUAUGUCAGUAGUAGUAUAUUGCGAUACAUUUACUCAUUCAUUUUUUCGUUCGCCACAUUGCCAUAAGGGGUGCUAUAAUGUAGCUAAUUCCUUAAAUUAUUGCACAUUGUUUGAUGUGAACUCUAUCGCCCCCUUGAGUUUGAGAUUAGUUAAGGUGAACAUAGUCUCUGCCUCAGACGGAGGAAUGGAAAACACUGACUUGGUUUGCCGAUUUCAAUCUGCCGCACAUUUUUGCAACAGGAACACGAGCUUACAAUGCAUUUUUGCAAGCAUCUGUGUUUUAAAUGCUUGUGUAGAGUAUGUUUCUGCCAUAAAAUACCAGUUCUAACUUAAAGGGGGUUUUUAUACACACAGUCAUCACAUACAGUGCAAUUACACAGCGCUGCAUCUUGAUUUGCAAAAAAAGCAUAAUAUUAUGUGAUUGGAUUGUGCUGAGUUCAAAAAUAUCAAUAACAACUUUCCAUCAUGUAGACUUUUUCCACAAAAUAAGAGUGAUAAUUUUUCAAAUUAAGCAUUUAUCAGCUUUAAUGCAUUACAAAAAUAGCGCUCAAAGUUUCUUAAGGUUUUGGAUUUAAUGGCAAAACAAGCAUUAAAACAUUUGACAUGCUCCAUUUGACAUUAUACUCCAUUUAAUGUCAAAGAACUUUACAAAAUAAGCCUUUUUCACAAAAUGUGUGCUUUUCUUACCCUUUUUGGAUGUAGUAUAACACCCACAGGUUACAAUUACCAUGGAAUCAGGAUCAGGCAUAAAAUAAUGUAUUCAGAAUCAUUCAUACAUGUGCAAAUUGGCUGAGAAUUAAACCGAUAGUCAUAACUUGGCUCACAGGAAGAUAUUAUCAUGUCUUUGUGGCAUUUUUAAGGGAUAAUAGAAGAUUUCUUCACCUUACAAAUGAUUGUCAAAAUGCAAAGUGAUGUGCUUGAGCAAAACAGGCACUAUUUUUGGAAUCAGCAGCCCAAUUAGUAAGAAACUGAUCUUAGUAUUGGACUUCAUCCAGCAAUCAUGAUGCAGGGCGGUGUUAUCGUUUUCUGAUCUCAUCUUCUUUUUUGAGUUACCUCACUUUAAAUGCACAUUUUGAUUUUGCACUAACCUCAAAAUGAAUCCAACACAGAUGAUUUCACAUGCACUCAUCAAUCAUCCCCACUGUUCACCUCCUCUUUAUUUUCAUCCUUCACUUCCCUCUCCUCUCCUCUCCUCUCCUCUCCUCUCCUCUCCUCUCCUCUCCUCUCCUCUCCUGUCCAUUCCUCAGAUGCGUUCUGGUCAGAUUACGAGGAAACUCUGGGGCUCCAGUAAGCGUCUCACUCAGAUCUCGUCUGGGGAAACAGAGUAUCACACCCAAGAGCAGCCCUGACCCCGCCCCCAAAUCACAGCCCUCCUGUCUGAUUGGCCCAGUGCCAAAUCCAUUGUUUCAGAUGGGAGGAUGGCUCUGUCCUCUUGUUGAAACAAUAUGAAGGACUUUUUAGCACCUGUAUGCAAAUCUGUGUGUAUGUGUAUGUGUGUGUGUGUGUGUUGAGCCAAACAGAUGCCUGUCCCCUUGUGUUGUAGACGUGUAGUUGAACUGGUGCAGGCACCAUUUAACUACAUGUGUCUGAAUUCUGUGAAAAACCCUAAUGUUGACCCUCCUGACUCCUCCCACCACAUGUGCCACACCCAUUUAGUUAAUCAUCAUUAACACCAUUAUCAUCAGCAUCAUUCCAACAUGUUUUUGUCAUGUCUACAUUCACAUAUGCAUCAGGUUUUAUGUGUCCAGUACGUGUCCAAGUAUUUGUUUCUGUAGUGGCCUUGUCAUAUUUCAUAUGUUGUUUUAUUAGUGGACACAGGCAUUAUUUAUUUGCACAGUCUUGCUCUUGCACAGACCUCGAAAAGUGGAUAAUAUUGUACACCAGUGUAAUUCAAAAUCUGCACGACGUAUUCUGUUCCAAUAGACCAACACAUUUUCUAGCAAAACGGACAUCUGGGGUGCAAAUGCUGAACGCUGAAUGUUGUCAUUCAUUACUUGAAUUGUGAUGUAGUUAUAUAUAUGUAGGCAAGAUUUCAUUUUGUCGUGGAUCUACAUGCAAGCAGUUGUAUAACCAUUCUAGUUUGAUUUAUAGAUUUGUUUUGUCUGAAACACUACAAAUAGAAAGGGGGAGAUGUUUCGAAGGGCUUUGUGAGACAUGACAGUAAGCAAUACAGUUUGUCCCUCUAAAUCAUUCCUCUGGCUAAACGAUGCCCCGCAGUCUUCCUAGUACCCAAACCGAGCACUACAUAGAGAGAGGAGGUACUCGUAGAACAGCUAGAACCAAUGCAGCAUAAUCGGAUAGUCAGGUGAGAUGCUGUUUCCCUUCCUCUUUUAUAUUUCUAAGCCAUGCAGUCUUCGUUUACUAUGCAGGUAAACUUCUAGAAUUCAGUUACUGACUGACAUCUGAAUUCUGCUCCAUCAUAUGCAGUUUUUAUUUCUUUGCCGUAGGCUGGAGAUGUAUGGGUUUCCUUUACAAGAAUGUACCAUAGUAAUCAUAGUUUCCAGCAAAAUAUACAAACAUGUGUGUGAAAAAAGUUUAGGCAUUUCUUAGUACUAAAUCAUUUGACUAAGUAUGUGAUAAAACUGAUAUUUUGGUGGAAACUAUACUUACUUGGUUUAGUCUGUGUUUGUUUUAAUUCUCUUUUUCUAAUGUCUCACUUGUUUACUAAAGGACGGUUGUUUGGAAACUUAUGAAGUGAUGUGAAGAUACUAAUACCACAAUGCAGAUGUGUUUAUCAGGAUGUUUUGUGUGUUGUAUGUUCUUCCAUAUAUGUGCUUUACUUUGCUAUAAUGCUGAAGUUUAUGUUCAUUUCCUAUUGCUCAGUGCAUUUACUGGCUUUUUGGAAAUAAGUUAUACCAAGAGAUCUAAAUGAAUGCUUUGGUUUUCUUUGCAUAGACUGUCCAUGUAAUGUAAAUCCCUGGGGUGGCUGUUUUUAUUCACAUGUCUGUGUCUUCCUUUAAUUAAAUGAAUGGAGUGCCUUUUUUAUUCUGUGGUCAUGCAAAUUAGUACUCUACAGCGUGACCUUUCGUGAUCCCUGUGGACAGCCAGUCAAACUUCAACAGCGACUCCUCCGUCAUAUCAGACCUGUGACUUACUGAGCUGCUUUUGAUUAAGUCGUCACUAAUGGACGUGUGUGUAUCUGUGCUUAUUUAUGAAUCCAGUAUGAAAUGUACAGCAUGAUUUUUAUUUCUGUUUAUGAAUUGUAUUUUUGUGCACUUUCCAGGUACAAAUAAUUGUAAGAAACUGUUUUAAAUGUCUCCUUGAUCUGUACAGAGAAACAGCUUUGUUAUACGUGAAGAUUUAUCAUUAAAGCCCUGUUGAAAAGUCA